AAUUUCAAACAAAUGGCUUAAAGGUAGAUAUCACCACGCAACAGAGCACCGUUUAGAAAGAUUGUCUGCCUUCGAAAUCAGCCGACGGAUGGUACGUACUGUCGUAGUUCAGAUACACAUCUCGCCGAUUAUACCGAUAAAAUUCAGCUAGAAACAUACCUAUUUCAAAUGUGUAGCUACUGCAAUUUUCCACAAACAGCAACUGGUAAGCAAUUUAGUAACAUCAUACGUGAAUCGCCAAUGAUUUUAUCACAUAGACAGCACCAAGUCUAAUUAUUCAGUAAGUUUCCCUUUAGUUUAACUCAAGAGUCAAAGUAGUGUACUGAUAACAGAACCAGCCAAAAUUCACGACGUUUUGUGUUGUUUACUAUUGAAGAAUAUCUUUCUAAAGGCGCUAUAAAGGCUGUUUCAUUAUUUGCAACAGUCGGGUGCAAAUGUUGUUUCAGCAAGAGGAACGACAACUAAUUUACCUUUCCUACUGCCAGAAGCGCCAUAACAAUUUUGUUUAUCUUGAACAAAACUAGUUGUUUAUCAUUGUCUUUAAUGGAAGAGUCUUGAUAAAAAAAAACCUGACACCUGUUUUGCUUAGAUUAUAGGGGAGGUAUAAAAUUAUAUAGCCUUCCAAAAACUAGGGUACAUUUCCUCAAUUAUCCGACACUUUACUUAUACAGUUCGGUUAAUGAGUGCAUGACGGGAAGUUAAAGCCAGAAAAACCCCCAAAAGGAAGGAAAGAGUCGGUCUUCUAAUGUAAGGGGUUGGAUACGAAGAAUAUUAUGAAUGGCCUAAAAUUAAACCUGAGACUGUUUAGAAAUGUAAUUUUCGAGAAUCGCAAAAUUAAUAUAGAGGUUACGACCGUUUUUUAAGCAAUUUUCUAUUUGCGAGGCUUUCAUGACACGGUCGAGUUUGUACAACUUCAAAGGUUCGUAAAACACGGAAGUAGACUUCGAGUCACUGGCUAUCAUUGGAUGCCAAACGUUUAUUGAACUAGUCAGACUAUUUUAGCAGUAUCAUUUCGUAAGCAAAACUGGUCCGGAAUAAACAUACUGAAGAAAAAAGUCAACGUUAAACAAAACAACAUCAGUGUAUAUAGACAAAUUCAAGCAAUGAAUUGGCAUUUCAAAGUUCAACGAAUUGAUAUUAAUUAGGAGAAAGACGUCGUUAAAAUUAGUGAAUACUUUCCUUUGGUGUCUGACCGCAAUAAUCCAAUAUACCGGUAUGUUUAAGACCGGUCCUAAAACGUUCGAAAACGAAUAUUGAAUUGCACGUUGUCAAGCGAGUAAAACUCUAUCACAUGCUACAAACACAAUCGCCUGUGAUAUUUUCGGUCAUCGUUUUCAUUUUGAUGCGUUUUCGACCUUUUUCGACGGUUCACACUUACACGAUAUGUUGUGCAUUCGUUUUGAUCCACUUUCAAGAGAGUUUUCAAAUCGACGCGUUUACGAUGAAAACGCUCGGCGUAUUAGUUUGGACUGAAGGCCUAAGCGCAUCGAAAUGUAUGAGGGGUUUUCAAACGAAAUCGCAUUAGUGUUGACGCGGUCUACGUGAAACGCCCAGUUUCGUUGCUAAAUUCGGAAUAUGCCAAAUUUAGCAACUGCGCAGGAACUUCUAAUUAGGAUCACUUGAAUAGUUUAUUAAUAAAACGACAAGGUUUGUCAUUUAUUAUUUAUUUACUGGCAAGGAAACUUGAUCUGUACGAUUCACUUAGACUGUUGGUAGAAACUCCAGCUUAAGUUUUCAGUGCAACAUUUGAAGAUUGCAUGGUCUUCCAACAACCCCACAUCGCUUACAAAACCACUGCCUUAAACGUGCGGGUAAUGUUUUCAUUACCUAUGCGGAUUUUAUCAGAAUUAUUAAGUAGAGGGAGAGUAUACGUAUGGAUCACAACAAAUUUUAUUAUUUCAACAGGCUAGCUACUUCUUCUAGUAAUGAGUUUAUUCACGUUUUUUGACAAAAAAAACGUUCUGCAAGCCCGAUCAAAACCUGAAAACUGUUGACAAAUAGCGCCGACUAGUUAUUGCCUAUUUCAAACACUAAGAACCUUUUCUUCCAACAGCACAUAAUUAUUGACGGGUACUGAAUCAAUCUUUAAACAGUGAAAAUGACAAUUAGUCAUUCAGUCUUCGCUUUGUUUUUUCUAAAAAUACAGUUUUCCAACCUGUUUUCUUCGUUUGAACUAAAGAUUCCUUUCUUAUUUCAGGCCUGACUAGCAGUUCUGCAACAUUCUGUAAACGCACAUAACACGGCAAAGUAACUUAACUAAGAAGUAUUAGAUUUCCUCUUUGAAGUGGUAAUUCCAGUUUAACGGCUAGAGUCAAAACAAGCGUGAAAUAAAAAGACAAAAGAAAAGAAGUAGAAGUAUAGAAGCGGCGAAACAUUUGCUAAAAGAAGAGUACCAUGGUUAAAUUUCGUUUUCAUUUUCCUUUUGUUUUUUGGCAAAUCUUUGGACGGCUACUCGAGUAAUUUGAUGAACAAACAGAAAGGAAACAAAAUAUAAAAGAUGUAACUAAAAGGAGUCAUCUCAGCGAGAGGGGAAGGCCCGGCCUCACAGACUUACCAGGCGAAGCUAACAAAACAUGCAAAACAAAGAUAAAGGAGAAAAAGAAAAUUGGACAGCAGAAAAAUUUAACAACUGUUUUGAGUCACCAACGGACGGAGUUACUUCACUGAGGUAAUUUUUAGUUGCCGACCGGGCAGGCUGGUGCCUUUCCUGUGUUUUGAGUUGCUUUAAAUCAUGUUAAAGGUUCCAGGGCUAAAAUCAUCAGUUCUAGAUCUCUUGAUCUCUUGAACUGGGAAUAUAUUACGGUUUUGUCUCCUGAUUUUGGAAAAGAAAAAAGCGAAAACAGUCAAAAUUUGAAAGCCUUUCCGACCGCGGCAGUUUACAUUUUUCGUUCAAAACGUAGCUUUUCAAGUCAUAGUCUACAUCGACUAGUGAUACAAAUUUUGAAUUGUUGGUAUUUGCGGCUCCGCUUGUUCCCGUGCCCUUCGGCCUUAGUUUGGGAAUGGAAAGGAAAUGAAAGCACACUGUUUUGUUUUAGCGAUAUUAUUGAUAACUCCUUUAACGCGAACAUUGCCUGCUUAAUUACUUUGAACCGGGGGCGGCCAAACUCUCGCGACAUGCAAUGUAGCUCAAUGUUAGACCGCGAGCAGUAAGUUCUUCUUAUCUUUUCAAAGAUAUUGAAUUGGGGUAGCACGCGUUACACGUACACGCAAGAGGAGGGUAAAAUAACCCGUUACGCCUGGGAUUGCUCGAGAUCCCGGCGAAUUUCAAAAGAAAAAGGUAAGCGGCGCACAAUUCGAGAGCACUCUAUUCAUUGUUUGUAUAAACAGAAGGCCACUUAAAACCCAUAGAUUUCAGCUUUGAAACGUUUAUGUUGAUCUAAAGGGUAACUUUAAUAUCUGGUGACAGAUCAUCAGAGAUAAAAUGUUUAGCGUUCUCGCCUCCUCGUCCGGUUUUUCUCCUUCCUGCCUUUUCCUUUUUUAUAUUUAUUCCUUUGUUUGUUUAUUGCUUGUUGUUGUUAUUGCUGUUUUGUUUUUGUUCAGUGCAAAUCUAUAGCAGCAUCAGUAAUAAGUGACAUUGUUAUUAAUAUAUUUUAAACUCUUUUAACAUCUUGGAGGGGAUUGAGUGACUUCAAAUUGGGAGAGGAUCGGGCAAUACUUUCUCAUUGUUUAACACGCAUGUGCACCGUUUUAUGGCUUUUAAAAAUAGUUCAUUCAUAAAAAAAGGCAGUCCCCGCGUAUACGUCCUAUUCACCCACUACAUAUGUUUUCAACCCCCAGUUUUAAGGAUCGUGCGCGGACCUUCUUAAAACUGAGAACUUGAGAAAAUUUGAAUGGAGUGCUCGACGCCCAUGUACCGGUGGCACUUUGGGUUCUAAGAUUUGAUUACAAAAAUAUGUCUCUACAUCAUAUUGGACUGAGCGAGAGUCCUUUAAAAGUCAUCCGGUACUUCCCUCUUCUGGUUCCGUUUGGGACAUUUAGUGUCGGAUGUGGUUGUUCGACCGACGCAUCAAUUGUUAUGGAUUUUCAAUUCCGGCUAGAUUUCUUAGUUAUCAGCUUAAAAGUUUGUCAUUCUGUCGAUCAUUGUAUUCAUAGGUUAUAAAUUUUAGUUAUCAAUUUGAUUAAAAAAGUUCAUUCGUUAUCCGAAAGUUAAAUUUUGACCAGUUCAGUGCUAUAAAACUUCAUCCACAGUUUUUUGCCAUUCUGUAGUUAUUUCCUAUUCUUUCCGUAGUUAUAUUCAUUUUUUUAUAUGCACACAGACAUAUAUAUUUCUUCUUUAACAAAUUAAAUAUUUCAUUUGGCAAAACUCAAUACAGGUAAUUAUUGGAGGCUGCGAGUUCGAUGGUCGCUGUAUUAAAAUUCAAAUUCCGUUUUAACUAUAUGCCAAAACAAAUAUUGAUAAGUCUGUGAUGAAAACCGUGUGCUAAAAGCCCGCCUGUUGACAGCUACAGAUGUUUCGAUCAAAUAACCACUUUAAGAAAUAGUUUGGAACGUCAAUAGCUUUUUACGUCACACCUCUUGAUUGGGUGCAGUCGGCUUCGCAGUUAUAAUUUUGCGUCGCAUCGGCGGAAGAACAGAUACACUGAGUUGUCGCAGUAAGUUAGACUUCAACUGAGGCCAAAUUGAUGCCUAUCUCUGAUGCCAGUGAGGUCAGUGAAAGUAUUGCUGGUUUAAUUCUAGAAGAACAAAUAGUUAAGGUGACUCUUUAUGUUUUCAGGACCUAACAUUUUUAAACUGAUUUCUGUAUGCAAUGCAAGCUCUGACCCGUCCGUCCGAGAAUCAAACUAAUCAUUUUUAUUAAAAUUUUAAUACUUGUAGUUUAAACUAGCUUCAUUCACCCGAAAGUAUUUUUUGGUGACAGUCGUUUCCGGUGACAAUAUGCAUCCCGUUUCUAGUUUCUAGCUUUGGUUCGUUUCGUUAUAGCUUUUAAAUUCAGUGUCUCAGUCCAGGCCCGGUUGAUACAUUUAAAAUCUGUCUUUUAAAACUCUGUUUCAGUUUGGGUUAAUUGACUUUUUGACACCUUCAUUUGCAAACUACGCAAUGUCGUAUAAUUUCCUGUUUGGUUCAGCCAAAUUAAAAUAGAGGGAAUUGAUAAGGGCUUGUAUAUAUUAAAUUCGGAAACGAAAACAAACUUCAUCCACAAUCUUAGUAGUUUCUGGUAGACUCAGGAUCAGCAGACUUUUUCGAUAAGGACCCAUUUCCACAUAAUUUACUAUAACAACUUCACUUAGGUAUGGUAAUAAUUGUCUUUAUUUAACCCCCCGUGAGCGUUUCACAAAGUUUUUCCGCUUCUAUAAAACGCCGUUUCUACAGACUUUUCAUCUACUGUUAAAAGUAAACAGUUUCGAUAAAAGUUGCUGGAACGCGGUUGGACAUAUAAAUAGAACCGUCUAAGCUCGACAGUGCUUUAGAGAUUUUUUCGUGAUGCACUCACGUUGCGAGACGGCGCGGGCACGUUCGAAGAAAGUUUAGCCCGCGCGUCACGGAGGCGACAGUGAUUACGCGACUCUUCUGUUUCUUGUAAGUUACGGAUCCGCCGGUAGCGAAGCGCGACGGCUAUCUAUUUUCAUCGUAAUUUGUUCUGCAUUAAUAUUGCUGAUGAUUUCUCUACUGAGAUUAACUAUUUUGAAUUAUUAACUUUGCUCAUUCUUAGUUAAAUUUCUGUAUACAGGCCCCGUGCUUCCCAGAUGUCAUGGAGAAUCAUUCUGAAGCAGUGAUCGUAUCGUAAGACGCUCAGUGAUCCGAUUAUGACGAAUGCUACAGAGAAUUCGACAUCGUAUCCAUGCUCCAACCCUCCUCUCAAUGCUUCUCUCUGGGCCUCCUUGAUAUUUUUAUUCCUAAUCGGUGCGUUCGCGAUUUUCGGAAACGCGUUGGUGUGUGCGGCCUUCGCAACGAACAAGCGUCUUCGUAUUUUGACCAACUACUUCGUGGUAUCGCUAGCAGUUUCUGAUAUUUUGGUUGGCAGUAUCAAUAUUCCUCUCUGGAUGUACAUCAGGAGCUCCGAGUAAGUGGAAAUUUGUGUUGUUAUCUAUGCACCCCAAGCUAAAAGCAAUUUAGAAACAAAGCCCUUGUCGCUCUAUCGCCGUUGUAAAUAACCUCUUCAUUAAAUCAUUCAAAUGUCCCCUUGGGACCUAUCACGACAUUCCAUGUUUAAAAGAAUAUUCUGUGCUAAAGCGAGAUAAAUAUAAGCUUCCUUUUUAAGCACCGGAUGGAAGCAAUUUGAACUGGCAUAGCUUCAGGAUGAAAAUCGAAGCAAGGGAGUAAGAUCAUUGUUAUUAUUUGAAACAACAACAACAACAGUCACGCCAAGAGAAAAAUCGCUCUUUUUCGCUAAAUCCACCCUUGAAACAGUUUAUUUUAAUGGUAUUUUAUUAUUUAAUCCUUCAAUAUCUGCAAUUGCUCUUAGAAUGAUAUAAUGGUAAAUAGUGUCCGCGACUGAACACGAAUACAUUACAACGCUUCAAGACCUCAAAAUAAUACAAUUCUGCGGGGGAUUAGGAAUCAAUUUUCAGCCCGUGUUAUUUUUAGUGAGGUUUAUAUGCAGCUAGCACGGUCAGAGAUAAUUGCGAGAAAUCCUAAGUAUGUGACCCGUAAUUCCAAAGAUUAGAAAUUUUAUCUCUUUGCAUUCAGUACUUUAUUUUUUGUUUACAUGUCUUAAUUUCCAAGCAAGCUCUUAUUUAAGGAUGCAAAUGAAGUUAAAUGACCCAACAAGGGUCUUUUUUAAUCUUUUACGUUGGCUUUUUCGAUAGAUUUCAAGGGUGUAUGCCUUCUGUUGCUUUUAUAUGUCUACCUUUACUACGUACCAAGCCUAACAACUCGAAGUUUGAGGAAUAUUUCAUAUAGUUUAGUAUGUAAAGAUAAUUUAGUAAAAACAGUACGGAUACCCCCCACUAAACAAACAAUGUCUGCAAACGUCAAACGGUUUGACUUGUAUUUCUUUCUUUUCAAUUUAUACUUCAACCGCUUGGUCUCGCCACUUGUCGUGAACGCGUAUUUUUACCCAAACGUUAAUAAAUUACAGGGUAACACAGAAUUACGCGAAGAGAAACAGAAGUCAAUUUUCUUUUUAACUUUGUUUGUUUUUUAUAUCAUUAAAACUCAUUGCAUGUCUUAUUUGUGUGUUUUUAGAUAAAAUUUGCGCUGUUAGUCAGCUUGAGCCACGCCCAGAUGGUCUCAAACAAGGGUUAAAUUCAAAAUUUCCGACGAGCAUCAUUUUUGAAACUUGACUUUUAGAUGAUCAUAGUGGCAAGGGUGAAAUUGACUUUUGAUGAUCAUUUUCCUUUCUGGGCUUUUUCCCUUACGAGGUUCUAAUUCAAAAAAUUUAACAAAAAAAAUAUAGCUCCCGCCAUUUUUCUGAUCGAAACUGCUCUAAAAGGCCCUCUUUGAAAAAGUUACCUCCAUCGGCAAAUCUACUGUAGUCUAUAAGGUCCUAUAACUUCGGUGUUUUAGAUAUAAGAAAGAUCGGAGAGAAUUUUUAACCCCCAAAAGAUAGGAUGAGCACCUUCUUCAAUUUUCAGGGUACCCCCCCAGAUUUGGGAAAUCAAAAAGAAAAAAAAAAGCAAUUCUCAGCUGCGGGGUAACCCGUUAACAGGGGUUUACCGCAAGUAAUCGAACGUUAUCGCCCCGCCUAAUGAAAAAUGACCGCAAAAUGAAAAAUUCAGUUGCAAAAUGAUAGAAAGUUUUUGGUGAAAUGUCCGAGAUAUGUCCAGGAUUGACUGUAGUUUUCGCAAGGUCAUCGCGAAAAAUCCGGUUAAUUUGUAAAUAUCGUUGCAGAGUUCAACCUGGACAUAAGGGAAAUAUCCACCACUGAAAAAAAUUCGACCUUUAGUUUGUGGAUAAGUCAUGUUAUUACAGUCAACUCUCCUUAUAGCUGACACUGUUGGGACCUCGAGUUAGCGUCCUCUUUAGUGAGAGUCCGUAAUAGCGGGAGUUUAUUUCAGUCAAACGUCUGUAAUUUGUUUUUGCCAGGGAUUUAGCUACUGUCCUUUUUAUCGGGGUGUCCGUUAUAGCGAGGUGUCCGUAGGGCGAGAGUCCCGGGAGGUACUCCCUAUAAUGGUCUAUACGGGGAGGCUCCGUCCGAAACGGGUACCUUUAUCAAGCUUCAGGUAUAUGAAAGGGUUGGAAUUUUACUCAUUGAGCUAUACGAAAGGGUAGGGAAAUCUGUCAUUUGGGUCUGUGAAAGGGCUCAAAAGGCUAACAGAUGAAUUUUAUCGACAAAAUGUUCUAUUUUUGUGAUCCCUAUUUAAACGACAGCGCAUUUUACAGCAGCUAAAAGGGAUGCAAAGUUCUAAACAAGGUAUGUGGAAAAGGGGUACCAUUUGUCAAUAGAAGGUAUACGAAAGGGGUACCUAUUUCGUAAAAAAUGGUACAUAAACGGGCAAGGGGUCCGACCUCGGGGCAGAACCUCCCCGUAUAAAAAUUUGUUGAGUACCCCCCCCCUGGGGCGAGAGUUGACUGUAUAUGGCGGAAUCCGCGAACGGGUAUGAUCAGAAGCGAAUCCUGCGUUCUCAUUGGCCACCCUAGCAUCUUGCCCUCUCGGUAUUUCCCGCGAGAAAGAGUUACCAGUGUCCGCUAUAAAGGGAGUUGACUGUAGUUCGGUCAAGAUAGCCUGAUAAUCUGUUUUUUUUUGCGUCAGUUUUCAUUGACCUCAACUUCGUCGCGGUCCCUAAAGAACUUGGCCCGAAAAUCCAGCCAUUUUGACUUCCCGCUACCGCUCAAAAACGGACAUUUCUCAAUGGGGUUAAUCCCGACCAACCGUACAUACUGUCACUGCGUUGGUAGUAUCAACUUUGAAUUUCCCCUCGGUAUAGCUGGUCAAUAGGAUAGGUGAAUUGUCACUCGCACUGCGUCCAAAUACCUGACACAUUUUUAGUGGGAUUUCAUUAAAAAAAAAAAAACAUUUCGUGAAAAAAUCACAGCCUGGGGCCACCACAGUGUGGGCUAAAGACGAAAACAGAGUGAAACAGCAAAAAAAAUUGAAAAAAAAAAAAUUGGCUAGCGAAGAGAGCCGAGGGAAGGACUGGGAAGGAGGAAAGGUUGGCGUCACCCUUUCCCUUUCCAAGACCACCGCUCGGCUUGCUUCGCUCGCCAAAUUUUUUGUUUCGCCCUAUCCAAUUUUCCCUUUUCACUUUUUUCUCCCACUGCAGAGCCUAGUCCCGGGCUAUUGGAAAAAGGGCAAGGAUGUAUAAAACGAAUAUUAUUUGUAACUGUCUUUUAAUUUUCCUAAAACUGUGUAGUAGGUUUAUGUUAACGCGGGACCAGAAGCCUUAUGAGAUCUGCUCCCAACUCCACUGUGAUUAAAUAGUUUAGUUGAUAAUUAUUAAAAGUAUUGGAAAUGCCAAAUGUGUAACUGUUUCUUUUUCGUCUCAGUUACUGUAGAAGUAACCGGCCAUUGUACGAGUCUUAUGUUAUAUUUGACAUCUUAUGUGGUACAGCGUCGAUUUGGAACAUGACUGCCAUAAGUAUCGACAGGUUACGUAUAACUUUUCUUCUUAAUACUCAGAGUAGUUAGUUUUGCCGCAUGUAAGAAAAUCUGGAAAUGUUGCCUUCUGGAAUCUGGAAUCUGGAAUCCUGGGUUUUGGGAUCCAGGAUACAGCCCAAAGAAUCCGGAAUCCAACUAAAGAUUGGAAUCCAGAAUUCCACUGACAGAGAAUCUGGAGUCUACUUCAUAGAAUUCGGAAUCCACGGCGUGGAAUCCAGGAUCCAACUCUGUCUUAGAAUUCCUUACAUGGAGCCAUUAGUCAAUACAUAAUAACCAUAGUGACAGUGGUAUCCUGUUUUUAGAAAAUGACUGUAGAGGGAUUGACGUCACAAUCAAAGUAUGCAGGCCGCCCCCGUCGUAUUAUGGGUCCGUUUGCACCUUUUUGCCAAAAAAUCGUGUUAAUAAAGUCUUAAUGCUUUGUUUUUAACGUUCACAUUCCUCGUUGGACAGGUGCUUAGAACAGAUUUCGUUGCUAAAUGUUAUUUAGUGACUAAAUCAUGACUGACUGACUAACGGACUGGCCUAAUUUAUUGACUAGACUAACUCACAUCCAACUCACUUGAAUAGUGUAACUAUAGCGAAGAAUUUCGUUUGGUUUGCCGGCCAAUGUGUGAGUGAGCGUCAUGUGAGCGCUUUACUGCUGCAUAAGGUAGAAAUGCAUUUACGAUAUACUCAGGGACACCCAACGACAAUUUUCGGAAAAUAUCUGUUCGGAAGACGAUUUGAGAUCUAGAAUUUUCGGAACAGUUGUUGCAAAAUUUCUUGCUUGCCUGCCUCUCCUAGGAUUUUCGAAGUUCUAAAAAAUGGUCUAAUUGCCUAUUUUUAACAGAUUUUUACCCUAAAAAGGUCACCUAGAAUUUUCGGGAGCCUUUUUUCUAGCUGGAAUUUUCGAAAAGGUAAGUUUUGAUCCCUAUAAUUUUCGGAUCACUAGACUUUCAGCUAGGAAAUCCGAACAGAUGAAAAAUUUUUAGGGGAUAAAAAUAUGCCUAUAUCUAUCAUUUAAAUACUAAAAUACGUUUAACAAUGGUAUGUUUAAGUGGUUUUGAACUAUAUUCUCGUUGGGUGCCCCUGUAUACUUUAUAAAAGUAAACACGGUACUAUAUACUACGCACUUGACGGACUGGCUGACUGUCGACUAAUUACUGACCCAUGAUUGACUGACUGACUGACUGACUAACUGACUGAGAAUCUACCUGACUGAGUGUCUGACUGACUGACUAACUGAAUGAAUGAAUUACUGACUAAUUGUCUGACUGACUGCUGACUGACUGACUGACGACUGACUGACUAGCUGACUGUCGUACUGAUUGUCUGUCUGACUGAACUGCUGACUACUUACUGACUAAAUGAGUGAUUGCUUGACUGACUGACUGAACUGCUGACUGAUUGAUUGACUAACGGAUUGCAGUGAUUAUUGACUGACUGACUGCUAUCUGACUGAUUAACUAACAGAGUGACUGCUGUCUGACUAAAGGACUGACUGACUGACGGACUGACUGACCGACCGACCGACUGGCUAACUGACUAACUCUUUGACUUAUUAUCAGAAUUUCGUUUUUAUCAAGCCAAAGAAAUUCACAAGUUGUCUCCAAACAUUAUCGAAUGUAUUCUUUUCAUUUACAGAUUCGCAGCGGUAGUUUACCCAACAGUUUACAAACAUCGUAUGAAAAACACGAAAGUCGCGGGCUGGACAGUCUUAGGCGUAUGGUCCUUUUCUAUGUUCAUCGCCGCAUUUCGAGUGGAACAUAAAAAAUUCAACUACGCUUUAUUUGUUGUGGUCCUCGGUUUCUUGAUUCCCCUUCUCAUAAUACUUCUCUCCUACGGAAACAUUUACCGCGUGGUGAGCUAUCGAGCAAAAUGGACUGGGUCGGUUUUGAUUGAGAUAAAACUGGCGCGAACACUCUCGAUUGUGAUUGGCGCGUUCAUUGUCUGCUGGGCGCCAUUUUUUAUCACCAUUGUAGUGUCGUACUAUUGUAGGGUUUCAUGCAAUUGGGAGGAUACCAUACAGUGGAUAAAGUGGCUGCAGUAUGUAAGCUCUUGUAUUAACCCUGUUAUAUACACUUUACGGAAUCGCGAGUUUCGUUUCACCUUCCAUAAACUGAUUUUCCGGUGUAGCUACAGAAACGGCAAGUAUGUGUUCAAUCCACAUGCAAAGCGGGGUACGAGGUGUGGUUGCUGUCAACUUGGAGACACGUUUGACGAGGAGUACGGAGAGCGUCGUUCUCGAUAUCCUACUUAUACUGAGGAUUCUACGUGGCAUAGCUCGCAUGUUCGACAUUCAUCGACACCCACCAAGCAACAGUCAACGCCGUUGGCAUUUGAUAAUUUGUCUACCACUAAGUAAUUAGGAUCUAUGGGUGACAUAUCAGAUUAUUUUAAUCGAAUAACAAGAAAGACAACUUAUCUGAAAAUGACUGAGUCCAAAUUUGAAAUCCGGUGGGGGGAGGGGUAUCCCUGGGAAUUCCUGUUUAGGGUGUGUCGCCCGAUUCUCCAAAUCCUGACCUUAUUUCAGACCAGAAAAUUUUCAUUUUCCACAUUCGUUUUCAGACCUGGCAAAAAAACAUACCCGUCUUCAGACCUGGCUCAAGCAGAAAUUAUGUUAUCAUUACUUAGAUUUGAACGCCAACUAAAAGAUUUCUUAAAACUAUGUCGAAUUCGCAUAUUACUCUUUCUUUUUUAUUCAUUUGGAAUUGAAUCGACAAAUACGUUCAUGCGUUCCCUGAUUCCCUAGAAAGCCGUUACCGAAUUCAGACCAAACUAGAAGCCUAUAUUCGUUUUCUGUCCAAACCUGCGCAAAAACCAUACCCUUUGGGGCGGCACAUACCUAUAAGGUAAAUAUAAGGGAGUACCCCCGGGGUUUGAAAUUAAACAUCAAUGACUGUAGAAAUACAUAUUGCUGAGCCUAUAGGAACGCCAAGUACUUAACUCCUGUGAUGUGAAAAUAGUUGCAAGGCAUCCAGACAAAACACAUUGCACCGGCGUACUGUGUUAAAAGAUGUCUUUAAAACACACAGUCGAACUUACAGUAGAACCUUUACUAACGGCCACCCAAGAAAAGAUAGUGAGACAUUGUAGAGUUCUAGGAUGACGUUUACAACAAGCUGCAGAAGUCACAUUGUACCAUCUGACCAAGUUUUUUACUUGUCAUAUACUGUUUAUUAUCGUGUAUUAUAAAAUAUUUAGUGUCCUGUAAAUUUCAUUCGUAAGAAUUAAUUUGGACAGUUUUUGUUUGGCAAUUUCAAAAUUUGGAAGACUAACAAGAAUCUAUGCCAUAAUCCCCUCUUGCGGCUUAAAACACGGUCGAACCCCUACUUCCGUCCACCAAAAGAGGAUAGUGGAACGUAACAUGGAGCUUAAGCGAAGGUGUAUUUGAGCGACGCACGCCAAGCGGAAGUAAGGCAUUUUCUCUUUUAUAAAUAUCCCUCAACGCUCCCUAAUUUGUAUUUCUAUGACGUGUCUUUACUCUUAUAGGGACGAUUUGUCCGAACCUUUGGGUAAAACCGUUUGCUAAGGAGGUAAAAAGUCUAGUUCGGUUGAGUUGACGUGCAGUAGCGGAACCAGGGGAGGGGCCCGGGAGCCCCCACCCUUAUCCAAGGGUCUGGAUGACCGCCCCACCCCCCUCCCCCCCUCCUUUAUCUUAAAGGUCUGGAUCCGGCACUGACAUGCGUCGCUCAAAUACACUUAAGCUUACUAAUGUUUGUUUCUCCCUCUCCACAACGGCCACUGUUUUGGUUCUAGCGGAACUAGUCACUUUUGUUGUGACCUGAUUACAAACUAAAACGGCCAUCUCCCAACAACAGCCGUAGUACUGACUUCAGUCUCUAAGGUUACCGUUGUGGAAAGGUGUGACUCUAGUUUCAAGAUAAUCUUGUUUGCCAGGGACUGCGAGUCAUAUUAAAAAGGAGCUGAAGCAACGACGACGGUGAGGGCGAAGGCGACCGCAACGAGAACGAUAAAAAAGCAAUAGGUUUAGAUAAGCAAGACAACAACUCUGCACGCUUAUCGUGGAUUUUUUUUGGUACAUUUCUUUGGCGUCAGUGCACGACUACGACGUGAAAAUGUCUAAUUUCACGUUAUGUUGUGGACGUGAACACAACACAACGCCUUUUUUUACUUUUCCAUAACUUCGAUACAAACAUUUUAGAAUUCAACUCCCAAAACAAUUUGAAGGAGAUGAAUUAAACUCUCUAAUGAUGGUCACAGGAGAACCCUCUCUUACUAAAAUUACGUUCGUAAUUUAUUUUGACUGUGCGUAAUAAGAACUCGAAGCCCUUCGUACAUUUUCUGGGUGCCUGUAUUUUUCAAUGCAGCCCAAUCCAGAGGUAACCUGGAACUCUCGGGUUCAAGUCCAGCUGUGACUGGUUUCCCGGUGCUUCAGAGUUCAACUCCUUGGCCACAGUUGUAAAUACAGUUUUAUUAUGGCUGAGCCAUGCAUAUGUAGAAGAGUUGAAAACGAAUCAUAGAUACAUAGGGCAGUUGUCGCCAAGAGAUGAAAAUGUAUAAUAUUAUUUAGUCCAGGAAAUGUACGUUUAUUCAUCCAGGAUAAUUUUUUUAUAAUGUAAGAUAGGUAGCUACAUGUUUUAAAGAGUUAGGAUAGCUUAGAAAAUAUUUGGAAUUUUAUUUGUUCGCUUUAUUUGCUGCUGUUAAAAAAAUCCCCGGCGAUCGCUGUACCCUCGGGGAAGGACCCCUUUUAAAUAUCCCUUCAGCAUAACUUCGUUCGCGCCUGUUCAGUCCGCAGGCUUUAUCUCACCUAAUAAAGCUAAAACAACAACGAAUCAGUGAGAAGUGGUGUAUCUAGUGCAGCCCC